AUGGCGCAACUAUCUGACUACCGCCUUCUCUGCUUCGACGUCUACGGCACCCUAAUUGACUGGGAAAACGGCGUGCUGGAGGCGUUCAAACCGACCCUGACGAAAAACGGAGCUCAGUUCUCUCGUGAGCACAUCCUCCACGUAUAUCAUGAACUGGAGCGGACGCAACAAGCAGCAACACCGGACCUGCCAUACUCCAAGCUGCUGGCUGCCGUGCACCCGCAGAUGACUGCACGGCUGGGUCUGAGCCCGCCAAGCGAGGAAGAAAGUCAUGUGUUUGGUACAUCAGUCGGAAAGUGGCCUGCUUUCCCGGAUACAGUCGAUGCAUUGAAACGGCUGAGAAAGCACUAUAAGCUGGUGGUGCUGUCGAAUGUUGACCGGGAGUCGUUUGAGAAAACAGCUGCGGGUAGCUUGCAGGGUGUGAAGUUUGAUCUUGUGAUCACGGCACAGGAUGUCGGUUCAUAUAAGCCGUCCUUGCGCAACUUUCAGCAUAUGCUGCAAGCUGUCAAGGCGGAGUUCAGUGUGAAUGCAACAGAGGUGCUUCAGACCGCUCAGAGUCAGUUUCAUGAUCAUCACCCAGCCCGGAAGAUGGGAAUCAAAUCAGUCUGGAUUGAGAGACCGGGAGCUGUGAUGGGGAAUCUUUCUGAGAGUGUUUUCGAUUGGAAGUUUGAUACUUUAGGAGAUAUGGCUGACGCAGUGGAGAAGCGAAAACAGGGUGGAGGGGAACUCAAAGGAAGAAAAUAG